AUGGACAAUCCGACGACCUAUCUGCAAAACUUCACGGCAAUUCUCAACAACGCGAACAGCCUCGUCUUCGAGGAGAAACCGUUGUUGCCGAAGUUCUCCCGCAGGGACUCGUUGUACAUCGUGGUCCCGGUGACGGUGGUCUACCUGUCGAUCUUCGUGACGGGCAUCGUCGGCAACAUCAGCACGUGCAUCGUGAUCGCGCGCAACAAGUCGAUGCACACAGCCACCAAUUACUAUCUGUUUAGCCUGGCGGUAUCAGACCUGUUGCUGUUGGCCUCCGGCCUUCCGGCGGAGAUCUAUCUGGUCUGGUGCAAGUACCCGUACGUGUUCGGCGAGGUUUUCUGUAUAAUUCGCGGCCUGGCCGCGGAGACGUCGACCAACGCAUCGGUCCUCACCAUCACCGCGUUCACCGUCGAACGAUACCUGGCCAUUUGUCACCCGUUCCUCUCGCAGACGAUGUCGAAGCUGACCAGGGCGGUGAAACUGAUCCUCGUGAUAUGGCUGGUGGCGUUUACGUAUGCGUUGCCGCAGGCCUUGCAGUUCGGCCUGAUACAACACAAGACGAACCCGGAGAUGUUGAUGUGCACCGUGAAGAAAGUUCUCAUACAACACUCGUUCGAGUUGUCCACGCUUCUCUUCUUCGUCAUACCGAUGAGCCUCAUCACCGUCCUCUACGUGCUGAUCGGGCUGAAGCUGAGAAAGUCGAACAUGAUGAAGAAGAGCAGCGGCAAGGGGAACGCUGGCAGCUGUAAACACCAUCCUGGCAGGUCAUCGAGAAGAGUGCUCAAGAUGCUUGUUGCCGUGGUGAUUGCCUUUUUCAUUUGCUGGGCGCCGUUUCACGUGCAGCGGUUGAUCGCCAUUUACGGGACGAAGGAGGACCACAUAAGCUCCAACAGCAAGCUGGCCGAGUUCCUCUAUCUUCUCUUCACCUACAUAUCCGGCGUGCUCUAUUAUGUGUCCACGUCGAUUAACCCGAUUCUCUACAACAUCAUGUCGAACAAAUUUCGCGUCGCGUUCAUGGUGAGUAUGAUAAAUAUCAUCACACGCGUAAUUAGAUGGAUCAAUCAACUGGAAACAGAUAUAUAG